CCUCUAUAUCGCAACUCUCUGACAACAUGGACAACAUGGACGAUCAUUACGGCUUGGAAUCUGAGAUGGACAACGACAACUACAACGCCCAGCAGUACUUCAACAGCUCUGACGACGACGAGCACAAGACGAACGACGAUCAGGACGGAAUCAAAAGGAUACCGGCCAUAUGUCCAGAUUCNGCAACUCGUGCUCUAGAACUCCGUCCUAAGCGCGGUGGAGGCAAUAAGACACGCGUUGAUGGACGUGGUGGAAGGCGUGGAGGUAGAGGUGGUCGCGCUCUGGCCUCUUGGACUCGUCGCGAACGUACACUUCCACAAUGUCAGGCUACCGUUGAACGUGCACUCGAANNUCUGGGUUAUAGUACCGAAAUUGUGGUGCUGAAGGCCAAGGGCGAAACUAUCAGCCAUGUAUCCAAGGCUCAAUUCGAGCAUGCAGUCAAGUAUGUCGACCCCAAGACCUACAACAUCGUCAAGAAUUGCGAGGGCGUCAGCGUCAGAUCUCACGACUUCGACACUACCAGGCUCGUCGUGGGCUUCUUGGUCUACUGGAUCCACUACCACGAGACUCAGAACGCUCACGCCGCCAUCGAGUAUGCUCUUUCCAGAACGAUCGACAUCAACAAGCUCAAGCCCAAACUUGGCGCUUCGAUUGACGACUACGUGGUCUUCCUCGCUAAGCUCAUCAACUUCUUCGCCAAGGGAUACGUCUUCAACCCUCAGAUCAAAGAGUCUCUGUUCGCCUGUUUCGCAGAACUGAUGAAGUCCCAGAAUGAUCGGGAGGAUAAGAUUGAGGUGGCUGAGAUGUUCAAGGGUGCUUUCGACGAACAGAUGUUCCAGAGCAUG